AAAAGCAAAAUGGCGGAUAAGUUGAACGACAAUGAGAUAGCUAGCGAAUUCAAACGCUUUGGUGAAACAAUUAAACUUCCGAUCGAUAAGAAAAAACGCCCAAUUUUAUUGAAAAAACUUAACCAUUAUUAUGCAAAAGAAAAUCCUCCUCCAAAACGUACAAAAAUCUUUGCAAGACCGUCGAGGAAGUCCCAACCCAUUGCUGAAUUCAGCGAUGAAAGCCAAGACGAAAGUGAAAGUACGAGAAACAUCAGUAAUAUAACAGCCAAACGUAACAGAACGAGAAACAAUCUUCGCGAAUCGCCAGUGAAAAGGGUUCAGGCUAAAGAUCGUGACAAUGGUGCUACUGUCAGUCCUGGAAUACGGGCAAGAAAUGUUCGGAAUCGACAAAUUACCAAUGUUCAGCAAAUGGAAGUUUAUCCUGAAGAGUUCUCAGAUACAGACACAGCAGAUGAAAGUUUAUAUGUUGAAGAAAAGUCAAUCGGUAUCAAUACCACCAUGAGCUAUGAAGACGAGGAUGAAGAGGAGGAAAAUGAGAUUGUUACUCAUGCUAGCCCAAGAAACAUGAGUGGAAACCUCUCCACAAUUAGCCAUAUUAAUACAUCAGUUAACAAUGUAGAUAACAAAGUGGAUGAUGAAGAAAGUGGACAAUUUGUAUCAAAGACAAUAUUAUUUGCCAUGGCAAUCUUCUUUCUAGCAUUGGGGUUUUCUUAUCUGUAUGUAAGAAAAGACAUAUUUUUUGCUAGUGACCGUGAGGCAGCUGUGUCACAAACAGAUCUCAAGGAAACUACAUUUUUGGAAAAUGGUACAAAAAUUACUUUUACAACGUUUGAGAUUUCAAAUGGUUCUUUACCGCUUUUGAAGAAGGUGCAUGAAAAAUUAGCAGCAUUGAAAGGACAAUACGAGCUUGGUGAGAUAGAUGAGAACAGUGUUCGACUCAAAAGGCAGGAUAUUGCAAACAUGUUAGAUAAAGAGACUCUCAAGAACGAUACCCAAGUUGAAAGAAUACUCCAGCUUAGCUUUUUUUUGAUUCUUCAAAAUGACUGGGACAUAAUGGCUUUCCAGUCUAAUGGUGAAAAAGCUGUGCUUUCGAUGGAGGUUGAAGAAUUAGAGUGUCGCUAUGGCAACCUGCCCCUCUCCAGCCGGAUCUUGUUGGCCCUGUACAAGGUUUUAUAUGGGCUUGGUCUGCUUCUUAUGUGUGUGUUUGUUGGUGUACUGGGGAUCUACUACCUGCGAUGGAUGAACAAGAAGAAAGAGAAGGAACAACAGAGGGUCUAUGAGAUGGUGGAGAAAAUCAUUGAGAUCCUGAAGGAGAAUUUUGAGCUGUCUGAGAGAAAGAAUGACCCAACAAAUUAUCCAACUUACAUGGCUGUCCAGCACAUAAGAGAUCAGCUUAUACCUGUGCCUAAAAGGCGCCUGUUGCAGUCGUUGUGGGAGGAAGCCGUAAAGUUCAUCGAGACGAAUGAGUCUCGUAUACGAGUGGAGACGCAAGUUAUUCAAGGAGAGGAGUUCAAUGUCUGGAGGUGGCUUCAGGCUAUGCCAAAUGGACACAAAAUGUGGCAGGGACAAGCGUUUGGGGAGACUAGCCAGAACAACGUGAACAGUCUGCCUUAUGGUCCCACGCCAUGUCUCAAAGUCAGGAACAUGUUUGAUGCCAACGUUGAACAGACCACGGAUGACUGGCACCUGGAUAUUGAGGAGAGUAUUCUGGAGAAAUGUCAAGACAACCAUGGAAUACUGCACAUUUUCGUUGAUAGAUCAUCGAAAGAGGGCUGUGUUUACAUUAAAUGCAGCAGUUGCGAAAAAGCGUACGGGGCCUAUCAGGCUUUGCAUGGAUGGUGGUUUGAUGGACGACUGGUUACAGUGAAGUAUCUUCGACUGGAGCACUACCACGAUCGAUUUCCCGAUUCCCGCAAUUGCCGUCACCCACUGAAGCCUUCUAAACCUGAGAUGACUUCUGUCUCUCGACCAUACCAUCGCUCUGCACUGGAGAUGACAUAAUAAUCCUACACUAGAUCAUUGACUGUUCAGGUCUAUAUUAUUGUGCUCCAUCAUAGGAAUUUUAGAUGACAUUGAAUUCUUGGUGAAAAUAGGAUAAUCAUAUUGAUUUUUACCAAAGUUAUGUGAUUUUCUUUUCAAAAUUAGUAUCGAGAUUUGGCCAAAAGGUCGGUUUAAUGACACAUGAUUUUUACUGUUCUUUCGUUAUUUGUUAUAUAGGAAUUAAACUUAUAUUCUUAUUUGCAUGAUAUAUUUCAUUAUAGGAAUCAUGAUAUGUUGAACCAUAGGCGGUAUUUGGCUGCAUACAUUUGGAGGAUUUUAAAUCAAAAUUGAAAUGAAGUUGACAUAAAUGGAUGUUAAACUUUUAUUUGUUUGAUUCAAUACUUUUUGUACUGGAAAUCAUGAAGAAAAUAUAAUUAAAAAAAAAGUAUAAACAAUUGAUUCUUCUUGUUGGUAAUGUACCACAAAGUGUUAAAAAUGUAGUACAGGCCCCCCGUUUUUCAAAACUAGCUAAGCUCACUAUUUUUGCUAUUGUACUUAGAUUUUGGACUUUAAAACAAAAAUCAAGAUAAACUUGUUUUUAUUUAGUAAAAUCAAGAUAAGUUGGAAAUUUUAAUUAAUGAAAUAACUUUUUAAGAACUUAAUGACACUUGUGUUUAAAAUCAAUAUAUACACAUGUACAACAAACAUUAAUUAUGAGUGAUGAACCUUUAACUACCGGGUGCUAACUAAAUAGUGUAUUUAUGGAAACAAUAAAUUACUGAUUACAAGAUUGAAACCUUGUCUUUAAUAGCUGAAAACGCAGAAAUAUUAAAUGACUGGUAGGUCCCAAAAGAUUUACAGUGAUCAACUAUUGUCCCAUAGGAUAGACAUAUUGUGUUUUCUGCAGCUUUCUUUCAGCUUAAACAUUUUAUCCUGAAAAGAACCUUUGAUUUCGAUAGUUAUUCAUCCUUUUCGGUAAAUUAAAACAAUUGUAUCAAUUGUGGUACAUCUUAUUUGGAAGUUAGAGUGCAUCUUCAAGAGAUAUUCAGGCUUGUGAUGGUAAUCAUAUAUCUCCUGACUUUAAUAAAACAUGUCAUUAAGUCUCUCGCUGGUCAUAUUAUAGAGUAACUUCAUAAUAUAUAAAACUACUUUACUUCAUUGAUUUUAUUGAAUAUUACAUGUAUAACUGUUAUGUAAAAAAAACACACUUUUCUGUUAAUAUAUAUCAGACUUCAAUUUUUUUAUGAAAUGGACUUAAGGUCAGUAAUUCUUUAAGAAGUUUUACGGUAUACAGCCUCAGAGAUAGAAAAACAGUUUCCUUUCCUUUACAAUUUGCUUAUGAUUUUUUUUAUCUUGUUUUCAGUGAAAUGUCAAAUAGCUUGAAAAGUGUCAGUAGUUGUUUGACAAAAACUAGUUUUGUACGACUGUAUACUAUUAUAUAUAAAUAUGUAUUAGCGAGGAAUAAAAACUUUGGUUAGAAACAUUGUUUAGAGAAACUUGCUGUUAAAAUGUAUACCACAGUACGAUUAUGUAACAGUUGACUUCUGAAGCCAGUGUUGGAUUUAUACAUGUACAUUAAUCUAAACUUGCUACUGUAUUGGAAUAGUAUGAUUUGAUGAUGAAUAGCUUUGUUCUUAAUGAUUACUAUCUAAACAUACUUAUGUGAAUUUAUAGUUCAUUCAAUGAAGUAGUCAAACACAACCAGUUUUGAAAAAAGUCUACGCUGUUGCAUUAAAACUUUGUCUAAGUGAAAUGAUUAUUACGUUCAUUAUAAUGGUAUUGAUGUAUGAGAAUUAAGCCUGUACAUUGAUGUAUGAGAAUGUUGCAUGUAUAAAUAAAGAUUUUAAAUUGA